GUCAUUCUUUCAAAAAUUGUCGCAGCGAGCAGAGCUCUUGAAAAGUAAUAAAAAAUAAAAAUUAAAUUCCUCUCAUUGAGUCGUUGUGUUCCGUGUCGAGCAAAGUACUUGAUUUUCGCAACCAGCACUCGCGUGUGCCGUUCUCGUUUAGAUCCAGAUACCACCAAGUCCAGGCCCAGGUCCACCAAAGCACACUCCACUCCACUGACCACCGUCCACUGUCCACCGAUUGCCAAUCCGUACCAGCAGAUGUACAAGAUGGUCACCGACUCGAAGGACACCGUUCCACCCAAGGCCAGCACCACCAAGGAGGUGCAGUGCCAGCACUCCGGCUGCGAUGAGCCCCAGCCGGAGCAGGCUCCUCCGACCUCGACCCCCCUGGCCACCCCGAAGAGCGGCCGCGUGGGCAUCUUCAACGCCGAGGACUUCCUGUCCCGCGCCCAGAUGAACGACAAGAUCAACAACAUCCUUCGCUCGCCCACCAAGGCGCCCAACGGGGUGCGCCAGCGCUCCGUCUACACCAACAACAACCCAUCGCCGCAAGGCACCAUGCGCCUCAUGCCCUCGAUGAACAGCCCGCUGGGCACUCGCAUAAGCAGCUUGUCGCUGAAUGCCGGCACCCUGAGCGGCUUGAAGCGCGGAUUGGAGCGCGGCAGCAGCAGCAGCAGCCUGGGAAACAGUGCCAGCGUGGGCACCAACACCGCCAUCCUGGCCAAGGAGUGCUCCAGCCAGACGAGCGCCAGUGCCCGCCCCUUCAUGCACAUGGGCGUCCAUCCGUCCUCGCACUCUCCAUUUGGCUCCCUUCCCCAGGUGGCAUCUGGUUACGAGGCCGUGGGAAUGGAGCUGGAUGCCGGGAACAUCACACGCAGCGGCAAGAGUCUCACGGGUCGCUACAACACCAGCUUUGGCUAUGUGGCCGAGGGGGCCUACUCUCUGCCGCAGGCGCACCACACCCAGCAGUUCCCGGCCCCAAUGCCGCCACCACCUUAUGCCCUUGGUCGCGUCAGCUCGCGCACCUUCGACUUCGACAACAACACUCCGCCGCCGUGUCCCGGCUCCGGACCCAUUGCCAUGACCAACGGCACCAUCCAGCUGCGCCUGCGCGAGGGCGUUCGCAUCGAUAUGACCCUGGACAAGGCGGUGCGUGUGCUCAACCAGCGGAGCAUGGUGGCCGUCGCCCUGUCGCGCAACUGCAGCAACUCGGCCCUCAUCCAUCCCAAUGGACGCAUCCUUCAGAGCGGAUCCAAGGUGGAGAUCGUCACCUAUGACGGAAUGAAGGCCAAUAACUUUGUUCGCUACGCCAAAAUGUGGUACAAGGGCGUCAGUUUCACCAGCGAGUCCUGCGCCCUCAUCUAUCUGGUGGACACAGCUGGCACGCGCACCACCACGGACACCUUCACCGAUUUGACCAAGGACUACACACUGGCUGUGUUCUACGACGACUCUCGUCACGGCCCGUCCUUUAUGGCGGAUGCCCACGAGGUAAUCGCCAACUCCACCUACAACUGCGCCGAGGACGGCACCGAGGUGUACGACAUCAACGGAUUCCGCAUCACGCAGGCGGCCGACGGCCUGGUGAAGGUCACCCGCCAGCACAACAAGUGCCUCAUCCGCACCAGUCCCGGCAACGGAUCCGCCACCCUAACCACGCCCGGCAUCCAUUGCACGGCUUCGCUGGGGAAGACCUCGCACCUGUUUGUCCGUCGUAAUGAGAAACGCAUGCACUUCGACGGAUCCUGUUUCAUUGUACGCAACGCCGGCCACUCGGCCGGGUUCAAUGAGAACAACCUGCUGAUUGUCUACUAAGUCCCGCUCGAAACAUGGGAAGUGCCCGCCGUGGGGUGGUCCACCCACCUACCGCCACCCACCGCAGCACUCGAAACUGGGCCCAUUAGCACACAGACACCACAGACACACACAGACAUCGACUCAACCGUCGACAGCGACCAAACCCCCACACAAAAAUCAACGAUCGGGGGCCUCGACGUGGAGAGGGAUCAGAUAAUAUGAGAAAACAGAAUCUAGGCUACGGUCGAAAAAAAAUGAUAAUCGUAAGACUGCAUUUAGAAAAAGACAGCUCGGAAAAGGGCGCGAGCAACGGAAACGGUCGAUCCUUGGAGGGCACAUCCUUCGCCGCCUUGGGUUGCUCUUCGAUUGCUCGACGUAGGCGCAACGCAACCACUAAGGAAUUAGUUUUUAGACCCCGUCAUAUUCUCUCUAUCCCUCGAUAUCCUUACUUUUAUACGCAUACAGUUGUUUCGUACAGGCCGGCCGGUGGGGAAGUGUCAUCCCUACCUACUGCCUGAAACGCUGGCCAAGACAAUGGGAUUUCGAUCAGGGCCAGCGUUUGGUGUUUGAAAAAGAAUCUAUUCGUUUCGCGUUCCACAUUACUUUCGGCUUCAUCGAACUGUCCAAAUUGCUUUACGAAUUUCCCAAUGUUUUACUAUUCCAUAGAACAUUCUGAGGAGAAAAAAACUCGCAAAAGGAAAAAAAAUUAAAAGUUUCUAAAUUUGCACAAAAAAAUUCAAAUUAAAUUAUUUAUAUCAAAAUUUUAACUCUGAAUGGAGAGUUCAACAACGAAUAGGCCGCACCGCAACCGAGACCUCUGUCGAGUUCUUUGGCGUUAUGUUCGGACCACAUAACGCCAGUGUCAAUUCAGUUAGUUCUAAGUUAUCAAUUAAGAUUAGUUUACCCAGUUAAUGCAAUCCACGCAUGUUCAUCCUCACCCAUCCACCCACAAAACAACACGACACCCAACAACUCGACCUUAUGAUAAGCACACGUUGAAAGUAAAAUGAGUAGUCUUUAGUGAACAGAAAGGCAUGUGCUAAAAUUUCCAAGUGUAGGUAGUAGGUACAGUCUGAUCAGGUACGCACUACCCCACCUAUAUAAACUGACACAUUCGCACACACAUCUAAUUCAUUUAGGGGCAGCUGCAAAGUGAGCAGUUGCUACUGAAAUGGAAUACGAUUUUUAAUUAGCUUACGCAACACUCGUCUAUAAAAGGCAGCCGUCUUUGAAGACUAAGCUAACACACAUACACACUAUCACACAUGCGAAUACCCCUCUGAAAAAAGUGAAAGAGGGGGAGAAAGUGAAACACCACACAACACGAAACGUGUCGAGCCUUACGACAAUCUCCAAAACCCUAAAUUUACCCUCAUGUAAAUCGAAAUUUAUGUGUACAAAAAUCGAUUUUAAAAAGUAAUAAAGGAAAAUCUGAGAAAGUAAUUAUACAUA